AUGGAUGACAAGGGGAAAGAACUUUGCCCCCGGCUAAUCGACUAUCUGGUCGUGGUGGGGAAACGGCCGAAACAGCGCUCGACCUCGGUCUCCACGCACGCUGGGCUCCCGCUGAACCCGAAUUCGCAUACUGUAUCCCAUCCGGAGUUGUUGAGGAGGUAUCCAACCGACGACCACAAGGACUUCCCUUUACCUAACGAAGUUACCGUAUUUUGCCAACCCGAGGGAUGUCCGACUAUCAGCUACUCCAACCGAGAGCGUCGCGCGAAGGACACCCAAUUCUUCGUUUUUAUGCUGACCGAAAAGGACACCUCCAAAAUUCGCUACGGAGUCUGCCUCAAUUUUUUCCAAUCCUGCGAGAGGAGGACGGCUGAUGGACCGGCGAACAAAACCAAAAAACGCGACCAGCAGGUCUCCCUCACGUCCAUGUGCCUAAUCUCCCACCACCCGUUCAUCUCGAUUUUUCACGAGUUGAUGAUCAUCCUGAAGAAGCUGAUCGACGCGGCGAAUUAUCGGGCUUCACUUUCGAAUAGUUUGAAGGAAAUAGUAUGGUCUGUGCUGACCGGAAGUUGGCAAGACACGAUUCCGACCGAGGUGAUGAAAGAGAUCAAGCAGAUUGAGACUUGGAUUCUGAUGAUGUUGUCCUCGCCGGUGCCGGUGCCUGGGAAAACGAAGGUUCAACUCGAGAUUCUCCCGCCCGAGAUCAUCCCCAUGUUCUCCUUCGCCCUACCCGAUCAUACACGAUUUUCACUCGUCGACUUCCCACUUCACCUCCCCUUUGAACUGCUCGGAAUCGAGGCGGCGGUCAAGGUGCUCUCGGCGGUGAUGUUGGAGUAUAAGGUAGUGCUCCAAUCUCGAAACUACAAUGCCGUCUCGAUGUGUGUACUGUCUUUUGUCGCAUUACUCUACCCGCUGGAGUACAUGUUUCCGGUUAUUCCACUACUACCCGCGUACAUGCAGUCGGCAGAGCAUCUCCUGCUCGCCCCCACCCCGUUCGUGAUCGGAGUCCCAUCCUCCUUCUGGGCCCACAAGAAGCUCCAAGAAAUCCCGUCCGACAUCAUCGUCGUGGAUUUGGACUCUUGCCAAGUCCAUAUCCCGGAAGAGCUCUCCUUGCCGGAACUUCCGGAGCCGGAUGCCAGUCAAUUGAAGAUGAACAUCCGAAACGCGCUGAACAAGAUGAGCACGAACUUGGUGGAGGAGCGCAGGGGAUCGAUUGAGGCGAAUUAUACCAACGAUGCCGAUGAGGUUGAUGUGGCUUGUAGGGUGUCGAUGGUAAAAUUCUACAACUCGACGAACGUGUUCGCCAACUUUUCCGAACAUACCCGAACCUUACGCUUGUACCCAAGGCCUGUGGUGGCCCUACAAUCUGAAUCCUUCCUCCGCUCCCGCCCGAAUUGCACCCAGUUUACCAUGGACUUGUGCAGGACACAAGCCGUCGAGUACUUUGCCGAAGAGUGUCUGUGCCCGAAGAAUGAAACAUUCGUAAGGGUGCAAAACGGAAUCGAGAAAGCGCAACAAGUCGGAGACAAAGCGAAAUGGUUUGCCGAUGGGUUGAUGCCAGUGCAUUUUACGGUGUAUCCGGACAAUUCGACCCUGGCUUCUGCUUUGGACGUCUGGAAACGAGAAGCUCCUCAUGACGAUUCAGAGGAGGAGAGCGACGAUGAAGCUGAUCAUCGGCCCGGGAGUACCUCGAGCAUUGAUGAUUUGGUAUUCGAUAGCCCGGAUGAGGCACCGGACCGUCACAUCGCUUCCAAGCCCCUCGGUGAGGUCAACGACGUCUACAAGGAGCCCCUGAAUCUCGAGAUCCCAGCCAGUGAGAGUGCGGUCAGCUUGGGAAGCUCGAUAAGCAGUGGGCACUCCUCCCCUUCCUCCUCGCGCUCCGCCUCGGCUCAGGACAGUGAGGCUGACUUUGCGCGGCUGGCCGAGAACCUGGCGUUGAAGUCGGAUGCUAAGGGAGCCUUCUCCUUCGAUCAUGAAGACGAUGAGGAAGAGCAUACCCCACUUUCCUCCCUCACCGACACCAGCGGCAAUUUCAUGAGCGGCUUUAACGGGCUGGCCGAGAAAAGCUCGGGCAUUUUCAGCCAGGUGCUGAACAAGACUGGCGGGCUGAAGCAGGCGCAGGCGAUCAGGGAUAAGGCUUUGAAGCCGCUGGCAAAUGCGACGGCAAGCAGGAUAGAGCAAAGUCAACAUGCUGUCAAGUCAAAGACGCAGGGUGUCCAGACAUCGGCACAGACGGCCAAUCAACAAAGCAAAAACCAACAAGCUGUCCGAGAAGUCUGCGACGCCAUCCUUGCUGGUCAAGGAAUUGGCAUGUUCGCGUACCCCAAAUUUAAGCGACUAAUGGAAGAUGAGAGCCUCCGGGAAUUGGUGUGCUCCAAGCUGAACCUCGGUCUGGAGAACAAGCUUACCGAGGAGGAAUACGUGAAGGAAUUCCCCCUGACCCGAGCGCAAUACAAAGGUUACGUCAAGGUGCUGCAGGCCUGUUUGGCUGGGAUCGAGCUCUCAUUCAACACCCCCGGAUCCAACGGGUUGGCCAGCGUCUUCCACGUUCUGGAAAUUGCUCACACCCACUUCUGGAGUAGGGAUGACGGCUCGAUGACGCCGGCUAGUCAGCCGAAUUCGGUGUUAAAUACUCCUUCCGCUUCGUCGCACGACUUCCAGCAGAUGCAGCCCCGCCAAAAACUACCCGCCACCUCGUUCGACAUGCGCGCCAGCCCAAAACCCAUUGGAAAAGUGCCAAACGGAGAACCAGCCCAAGGACCCAGCACCAAGCUGGCGAGGGAAGCGAGUAUCGAGAGUAGCAGCAGCUCGUCACAACGGACACAAUUGGAAAAGCUGAGGAUGCCACUUUCCCUGCCCGUCGUCUCCAACAGCGCCUCGACAUCCCCCAGAUCUAUCGCCACCCCGAUGGAGCCCACUCGACACUACAUCUACCAGGAUUUGAUAUUGCCAAGCCCCAAUCCUCUUUGGCAAAACACGGUGUUCUGGGAGAACGCCUUCUACGAUGUCGUCGGGCAGGAGAGGGAUAUCAUUGGCAUGGAUCAGGAGCCGAGCGAGAUGAUUGAUAGAUACGCCACCCUAUCCGAUAGUGAGAGAAAGCGGUUAGAGCUGGAAGAAGAUCGGUUGCUAUCCACACUUCUCCAUAACCUGACCGGCUACAUGAUCAUGUGCGGAACGGGGCAAAAGGCUAUUCAACAGAAAAUCCGUCGGCUCCUCGGAAAAUCACACAUCGGCCUCGUCUGCUCCAAAACGAUCAACAUCUUGUUGGACGAUUUGCCGCAACAGCAAGGCAACGGCAUCCCGUUAAAACCACUCGGCAGCCGACUCGUCCAAAAGCAAUCAUUUACCGUCUACGCUGGAUCGAAUGCCCAGGGAACAAUGAUGUUCUUGGAGGUAUGCGACGACGCAGUAGUACUACGGGCGGUAACUGGAGCAGUAACAGAACGGUGGUGGUACGAGCGGCUGGUGAACAUGACGUAUUCCCCAAAGACGAAAGUGUUGUGCCUGUGGCGACGGCAUGAGGAUAAGGUCCACAUGGACAAGUUCUUCACGAAGAAGUGUCGUGAGCUCUACCUCUGCAUGAAAGCAGCAAUGGAAAGAGCGGCAGCGAGAGGCAGAGUAUCGGUUGAGGGGCGAGACCUUGGAGGAGAGUUCCCGGUACACGACACUGAGACCAACCAGGGCGGAUUGAUGCAGGUCCGAAUCGACGGUAUCGCCAUCCUGUUCGAAAACUCGCAAGUUUUCAUCGAGUUGGCCAACAUCAAAAAGUGCAACACGUACGGGGGCAACUGUUUUGUAUUGGAGGAAUUCGACCGGAAAAAGGGUGAAAUGGUGCAGCGGCGGUACUUCUCGCAAAUGGCCGAUCAAAUUUGCUACGCGGUGCUGUGCGUGUUCAGCUUUGUCGCCGCCGGCCAGAAGAAUCAGGCCUCUCCGAAAAAGUUGGAAAAA